AUGGAUUCGCUGCUCGAGAAGCUGCGUGCUGCCGCACCCCAAGCCAAGGACCAACGAGACCGCCGCCGCCGUGCUCGUCUCAAGGAGCGCCAUCAAGUCCGCGUUGCUUCCGGUCAGCAUGUGCCCGAUGGCGGUGCUGAAGAAGGCAACAACGAGAACGACAAUGCGGCCAAGACCGAGGCCGCUACCGACGAGAAUGGCCUUUUGAGUCCACCGCUCCCCGAAGAGGGUGAAAAUACCACCAUGGAGGCCCAAACCUCCGAAGGCGAAGACAUUGCAGACCGCGCAGCCAGUAUGCUUCUUGGAUUGAGGAGUAACUCCGAUGCUGGCGGCGAGCGCCAGAGACGACGACGAGAGAGUGCCGACGAAGAACGUCGGAAUCGCCGCAUGAGACGGCGAAAUGGAGCAACGAGUGGAAGUAAGGAUAGUGCUGAUGGGUCUGGUCUUCCGCCCGUACAAGAACCCAUGUCUCCGUCACGAACGGAUUCUAUAGGGACAGAAGACCAAGCUCCGCCGAGCCCGCCUCAGGACGGCUCACAGGCAUCCGCACCACCUUCUAUCGUUGUUUCCGACCAGCAUGAUGACCAACACAAACAAGAACACUCGGCUGACGGUACAUCUGCCAGCCACCCGAUUGAAUUGUCGGAUUGA